CACCAACUCCCUGAUAAGCCGGGCUGCCAUGCAACACCAGGAACGCCUUAUCCGUAUGAGACAUCGUCAUUAACCAGUUCCGGGGUACCGCAACGAGGCUGCAGACCAACACGACAAGCCUCGGGCUGCCUUGGGCGACGUCAGCGACCGUAACACAUUAUACCGAGCAGCGGCUACACAUCUGACGAGAAUCCAGCCGACUCAUAUCGCGGUCGGCCAAAUCGGUCUGUCUUCAAUCGCCGCUGCCUACAGCGGCCGUGAUAAUCAACAUCAUGGAGACGCUCAGAGCAAUGUUCGCGAAGCCAGACCCCCAGGCUCAGUUCCGGAAAUGCAACGCGAUGCUCCGCACAGAGAUGCGCAACAUCGACCGCAGCAUUGCGAACCUCAAAACCGUCGAGACAAAAACCAAGAACCAGAUCCUUGCCGCCAACAAGCGCGCCCAGCGCGGGGACCCGUCGCGGCAGAAGCAGGCGCAGCGGGAGGUCCGCGAGUUUGCGCGCGAGCUCAUCCGGCACCGCAAGACGACGGCCCGCCUGGUGACGUCCAAGGCGCAGCUGGCCAGCGUGCAGAUGCAGGUCAGCGAGGCGUUUGCGCUGCGCAAGAUUGAGGGCAGCAUCAAGGCCAGCGUCGGCAUCAUGAAGGACGUGAACAGCCUGAUCCGCCUGCCCGCGCUCGCCCAGACCAUGCGCGAGCUGAGCGUGGAGCUCAUGAAGGCGGGAAUCAUCGAGGAGAUGGCGGAAGAGAUGCUCCCGGCGGAGACGGACAUGCUCGAGGACGAGGAAGAGGAGGCCGAGGGCGAGAUUGACAAGGUGCUUGGUGAGAUUUUGAAGGAUAGGAUGGAGAAGGCCGGCCCGCUGCCUAGCGUGCCCCUGCCUGAGAAGCAGAAGCAGCAGCAGGUGCCGGCACAACAGCAGCAACAGAUGGAAGAGGAGGAGGAUGAGGAGGAUACAGAGGCUAUGAUGGAUCAGAUGCGUAAUAGGUUGGAGGCGCUCAGGAGUUAACAGACGGACUGCCUGAACUGGUGCAGAUGGGUUAUACAUGGAGAGGGUGAUCGGGAUUGGAACGGCGUUUGCGGCGUUCUGUACGGUGUCAUUGCUUUCUUGCGUAUGGGUUUAAACGUCCGCCUGGUGCUGGG